AUGCACCCCAAGUGGCUCCGCCGUUUGUGCCGUCGUAGCGUCGACUCCCCACAACAACCUACUGUACAAUCAAUACAUGUAUCUUUGCUGCUUGCGCCAAGCCUACAGAGGCUUGUAAGGUACCUAGCUCCUUUACCCCUGUGGGUCUCUGCUCUGCCGUAG